AUGGCGAUUAAGGCAACAAAAGCGGAGAAGAAGAUCGUUUACGAUUCGAAGCUUUGUCAGCUUUUGAAUGAGUACCCUCAGAUCCUUAUCGUUGCAGCUGAUAAUGUCGGAUCUACUCAGCUUCAGAGCAUACGCAAAGGUCUUCGUGGUGAUUCCGUUGUUCUUAUGGGGAAGAACACAAUGAUGAAGAGAUCUGUGAGGAUUCAUGCUGAUAAAACCGGAAAUAAUGGUUUCGUCAAUCUCCUUCCUCUUCUCCAGGGCAAUGUUGGGUUGAUCUUCACUAAAGGUGACUUGAAGGAAGUCAGUGAAGAGGUUGCCAAGUACAAGGUUGGAGCUCCGGCUCGUGUUGGUUUAGUCGCUCCAAUCGAUGUGGUUGUGCCUCCAGGAAACACUGGUCUUGACCCUUCACAGACCUCUUUCUUCCAAGUGCUUAACAUUCCAACCAAAAUCAACAAAGGUACUGUUGAGAUCAUAACCCCAGUGGAGCUCAUCAAGAAAGGUGACAAAGUCGGUUCAUCAGAGGCUGCGCUUCUAGCUAAACUCGGAAUCAGGCCGUUCUCUUAUGGUCUCGUUGUUGAGUCGGUCUACGACAAUGGCUCAGUGUUUAGCCCUGAUGUGCUUAACCUCACUGAAGACAACCUUGUUGAAAAGUUUGCAGCUGGUGUUUCGAUGAUUACCGCGCUUUCUCUUGCAAUCUCUUACCCAACAUUAGCUGCUGCACCUCACAUGUUCAUCAAUGCUUACAAGAAUGUUCUUGCUGUUGCUUUAGCUACAGAGUAUUCUUUCCCUCGGGCUGAGAAUGUGAAGGAGUUCUUAAAGGAUCCAAGUAAGUUUGCGGUUGCGGCUGCUGCGGAUGCACCGGUUUCUGGAGAAUCCGGUGGAGCUGCUGCGGCGGUGGCUGUGGAGGAAGAAGCUGCGGAGGAGUCUGAUGGAGACAUGGGAUUCGAUCUCUUCGGCUAA